GUUAAUCCAUUUUCCCCUCUCCGUAUUAAAGAGCGAACACCAUUGAAGCAUUAUCGUCUACGCGAUGGCUUUCGGUACAAUUUCCGUCUACCAAUUUUUCACUCUCGAGAACACCAGAUGACAUUGGCUGAAAAGAAUAUUUUACCUCAACAGCAUCCUCAGUAUUUAGAUUUUAAGAUGGAAUAUGUUAUACCAAAUUUAUUAACUUUUGUUUCUAGAAAUCCAUGGCUAAAUUAUUUUGAAAUACUUCCUUUGAGCUGAGUUUCAUACCAAAGUUUCUCUGUUUGCUGUCUGAAUUAUGUACAAGCUGAUUCUGCAUUCUAAUUAAGUUUCAAUCAAUGAAUUUACAAAAGUGUUGGCUGCAUCUUCUGAUCUUGACAAAGAUAAAACUUCAUGGGAAAAUAAAAUGUAAAACUGAAUAGGAGAAACAUAUAUGCAUAUAUUGUAGUGAAAGGAAAUAUGGAAAAUGAAUUCUGAGAACAAAGUUGAAUGUAAAACAGUGUCUGAAAGUAUUGACUUUCCAGAUGAGAUGCUGAAAGAGAAGAGUAAAACAUCAUACCAAUGUGAUAUGUGUAAGAAAUCAUUCUCUCAAAGAGGCCACCUAAUUACUCACAAACGCAUACAUACAGGAGUAAAACCAUAUCAGUGUGAUAUCUGUGGUAAAUCAUUUUCUGUCAGAAGUAACUUAACUACUCACAAACGUAUUCAUACAGGGGAGAAGCCAUAUCACUGUGAUAUCUGUGGUAACUCAUUCUCUCAAAGAAGUCCCUUAACUACUCACAAACGUAUUCAUACAGGUGAAAAACCAUAUCAGUGUGAUAUCUGUGGUAAAUCAUUCUCGCAAAAUGGUGAAGUAACUAAACACAAACGUACCCAUACAGGAGAGAAGCCAUAUCAGUGUGAUAUCUGUGAUAAAUCGUUUUCUGGAAGUGGUGGCUUAACUAUACACAAACGCUUUCAUACUGGAGAGAAGCCAUAUAACUGUGACAUCUGCGGUAAAUCAUUCUCUCAAAAUGGUGAAGUAACGAUACAUAAAUACAUUCACACAGGAGUGAAACCCUACCAAUGUGAUAUCUGCGGUAAAUCAUUCUCUGUAACAAGUCAUUUAACUACUCACAAACGUAUUCACACAGGAGAGAAACCAUAUCACUGUGAUAUCUGUGGUAUAUCGUUCUCUGAGAGUAGUAGCUUUACUAGACACAAGCGCAUUCAUACAGGAGAAAAACCAUAUCUCUGCGAUAUUUGUGGUAAAUCAUUCUCUCAGAUCGGUUACUUAACUACUCACAAACGUAUUCAUACAGGAGAAAAGCCAUAUCAUUGUGAUGUUUGUGGUAAAACAUUCUCUCACAGUGGUAACUUAACUAAUCACAAGCACAUUCAUUCAAGGCAAAAGCCAUAUCAUUGUGAUAUCUGUGGUAAAUCAUUUUCUCACAGUGGUAACUUAACUACUCACAAACAAAUUCAUACAAGAGACAAGCAAUACCACAAUGAUAUCUAUGGUAAAUCAUUCUCUCAAAAAGUCACUUAAAUACUCACAACCGUAUUCAUAAAGAAGAGUAACAGAAUCAAUCCUAAAAGAUUCAUUCUAUGAAGAAAAGAUAUAUAACCAUGAAUGUAUAUUAAAAAAACUGGCAAUACAAUUUGAUAAGUCUCCUAACACUUUCAUAUAUAACUACAAAUACAUAUACCUUAGUGAGAUAAAGUCGUUUAAAAUAUAAUUGUUGUCUCAGAAUACUCAUCUAUUUUCCAUCUGACAUAUUUCCUGAAGGGAGAAAAGAGACGUUUGAUUUAUUUGACAUUGUGGAUAAAUAACCGAGAAAUGCAUUUUCAUAUGUCAGGGAUCAUGUCACUGUAUAAUUGAUAUUGCAAAUAAAUAUAUAAACCAUGUUUUAUCAUA